GUGAGCCCGGCUGGGGGGCAGGAGGUGAGCCUGGCGCCUGGCGGAGGGCAGGAGGUGAGCCCGGGCGCCUGGCAGGAGGCAGGAGGAGAGUGGCGCCCGGCGGGGGCAAUAGGUGAGCCCGGCGGGGGGCAGGAGGUGAGCCCAGCAUCUGGGACAGGUUCUAGACGCGGCCACAGUUCCCUGCUUCCUGGCACUGUCCUGCAGGCUGGAGUACCUCCAGAGAGACUGAAUGCCUGUUUGACUUUUAUUAAAGAUUUAUUUGAAAGGCAGUUACAGAGAGGGGGAGAGGCAGAGAGAGAGAGAGAGAGAGAGAGCGCGUCCAUUUGCUGGUUCACUCCCUAAAUGGUCACAAUGGCCACAGCUGGGACAGACUGAAGCCAGGAGCUUCUUCCAGGUCCCCCACGUCGGUGCAGGGGCCCAGACAUUUGGGCCGUCCUCUGCUGAUUGCCCAGGUGCAUUAGCAAGGAGCUGGAUCGGAAGUGGAGGAGUCGGGAAUUGAACCUGUGCCCGUAAGGGAUGCUGGUGCUGCAGGCAGUGACUCAGCGCUGGUCCCACCUAUUUGAUUUUUUGCAUUGUAUGUGAUUUUGUUUUUUUUUAAGUUUUAUUUGUUUAUUUUUGAAAAGCAGAAUGAUAGAGAUCUGCCAUCUGCUGUCUCCACAGAUAAUUGUUGAACAGCUGGGGUUGGGCCAGGCCAAGCCAGAGGCCAGAAAAUCAGGCUGGUUCUCCCGUGUGGGUGGCAGAGGGACCCAGAUGCUUGACCAUCACCUGCUGCCUCCCCGGCUGUGCGUCAGCAGGAAGCUGGGUUGAAAUGGCGCCAGGACUCGUUAGGCGUUCCACCUCGCGGCACAAGCAACCAGUUGGCAUCUUAACUGCUCGGCCAAAUGCCCGUGCGUUUCGUUUUUGAGAGGCUGGUCAGGGAGCUCUUCCAUUUGCUGAUUCACUCCCCAAAUGCCUGUAACAGCCAGGCUUGGGCCAGGCUAACCUGGGAGUCUCGAGUGUCCCACGUGUGUGACAGGGACCCAAGUAGUUGAGCCAUCACCUGCCACCUCCCGGCAGCUGUGGUUGGACGUGGAGCCAGGAAUCCAACCCCGUGACGUGCUGGGUGCCUGGCAGCUGAACCGCGUCACCAGACACCUGCCCCCCCCCAAUUUUUUCCCUAAAUUUUAUGUAUUUGAAAAGCAGAGUGACAGAGAGGGAGAGACACAGAGAGAAAUCUCUCAUCCCCUGGUUAACUCCUAAAAUGCCAGUAGCCACAGUAGCCACAGCUAGGCCAGGCCACAGCCAGGAACUCAGAACUGCCCACGGGUGGCAGGAACCCUGAUGCUUAGGCCCCUGUGUGCUGCAGGAAGAUGGAUGGAACACCGGGGGCUCCGUCCCAGACACCGCUGUGAGAGACAGGUGUCCCAGGCGGUGGCAUAACCCGCCGUGCCACAGUGCCCUGAACCUCCCACUCUUCAGUGUGUGUGGAGACGGAGCCCCCAUCCGCCGCUUCGCUCCCCAAAGACCACGGUGAGUGGAGCGGGGCCGGGUCCCCCGCAUGUGUGGCAGGUGCCGCACCCAGCCCCUCAGCAUGGCCUGCAGGUUUCCAAGUCAGCGUUCUGUGCCGCCAGACGCCCGCGCUCCUCUCUUGGUUUCUCUUUCAGCCUCCAUCUGUACGUGGCCGUGUGCACGCCUUGCACAGGACUUGGGACCCCUGCCCAGGCCAGGACUGUAUGGGGUGGGGUCUUGGAGGGGCCGAGGGAUCUGCUGUGGACUCUUGACAGCUGUCCUUGUCAGCUGCUGCGUGGCUGCCUCUCCAGUGGAAUGUGCCACUGGCCCCUUGUCCACCUUGUCCACCACGUGGCUUCUAGUGUCUCAAGCAGUGUGGGCAGCUUCAGGGACAGGGUGCUCCUGUGGGUGGGCCUGUUAUCAGCUCAGCAUGACCCCACAGCCGCUUCCGUCCCCAGGGAGCCGUGAUGGGCGUCCGGCUGACCCAGACACAUCCUGCUGGUGUGGGGAACUGAGGGAGGUCAGGGCUGCCCCCUGCUCUGACGGUGGACGCUUGCUCGGGAUUCUAGACCAGCGCGGCGCUUCCCAGGGUACUUAGGACGACUGCACGGGACAGGCUGUGGGCAGACGCCCGCCACAGGCACCUGGGGGGCCCCUGGGACACAGAGUCCCUUCCUCUGGCUCCUCUGGGUGUUGCGAUGGAUGCCCCUGCGCCGGCCCUCUGAGCUGUGAGGGCCUGGGGACCCUGGGCUUCCUGCAGCUGAGGAAGGGACAGCAGCUCCCCAGCGGGGGUCGCUCAGCAGUAAGCAGCGCUGACGGUGAGGCUUGCGGGCUCCGGCUUCUGGCGUGGUCUGCCGCGACGCAGGACACGGUUCUCGUCUCCCCAGGCCCGAGUCCUUCAGACCCCGCCCCCCUCCUCCACUCCCGGCGUCACUCCCGCGUGGGCCCCGCCGGGCUGCUUCCUCACGGGUGACGGCCGGGCUGGGCCUUCGUGGCCCUUCCCCGGAUGGAGGUGCCUGCGGAGGUGGGGAGGGCCGGAGGGAGUUUGGGCGCGCUGGGCCUUCCCUGAGAGCCGCCGGCACCCUCACCUCGCCCGGCCCAGCUCCCGGGGCUGUGGUGUGCCAGGCGUGCGGCGUGCGAGCCCUGGGGAGGCUGGUGCCCCGUGCGCCAGGCUGCGGUGACUCCAGAGGGUGCUGUGCUGAGUCACCAGGCGUCUGGGCGUUCCUAACAAGCGCGACCUUCUGGAGUGAGUCAGAUCCCAGUGCCCGGGUCAUCUUCCUGAUUAUUCACCAUGGUAACAGGAAUACGUUACAUACACUCACUUCCGUCUUCAUCUGUUGCUUAUGCAUUGGAUUUUUAAAAAAUAUUUACUUUAAGUCAGAAUUACAGAGAAGGGGAGGGAGGUACCCUCCUUCCACUGUUUCACUUCCCAAAUGGCAAUGGCUGGGGCUGGGCCAGGCCAAAGCCAGGAGCCAGGAGCUUCUUCCAGGUCUCCCACCUGGGUACAGAGACCCAAGCACCUGUUCUGUCCUCCACUGCUUUCCCAGGCACGUUAGCAGGGAGCUGGAUUGCAAGUGGAGCAGCCGGGGCUCAAACCAGUGCCCGUAUGGGAUGCUGGCAUGGGGUCAGUGGCUUAACCCACUGUGCCGCAGCACUGGCCCUGCAGUCAAUGCUUUUAAAAAUACUUUAUUUAUUUGAAAGGCAGAGUUAGAGAGAGAGAGGGAGACACAGAGGGAGAUCUUCCAUCCACUGGUUCACUCCCCAAGUGGCUGACGCCAGGAGCCCAGAACUCCAUCUGGGCCUCUCACACGGGUGCCGGGGCCCAAGCACCUUGGCCGUCUUCUGCUGCUGUCCCAGGUGCAUGAGCAGGGAGCUGGAUGGCAGGAACAGCUGGGAGUUGGACCGGCGCCCAGUGGGAUGCCAGUGCCGCGGGUGAUGGCUUAACCAGGCUGCGCCAGUGCUGGCUGCGUUUGACUUGAAAGCGCCUUCGCUCCAUGAGUGCAGCACUUUAGUGGAAGGUUUUAGUUCUGGUGGAGUCUGAUUCUAGGGGUGCAUCUCCCGUUGCUGCUUUCCUUCCCAGUGGCUGCGGCAGCAGGUCCGGGCCAGGCUGAAGCCGGGAGCCGGGAGCCGCACUGUGUGGCUGGCAGGGCCCUUCCCAGGUGCGUUAGUGGGGCGCUGGGUCGGAGGUGGAGCCGCUGCGACUCAGACCUGCACCCUGACAUGGAGUGAGGUAUCCCGAGCAGCAGCUUGACCGCCGCACCACGGUACCGGCCCCUCCAAUUUUCAGUGAAAGUUGGCUUUGCUUUACGUCCCGUUCUUGCUCCGUGGGGAGUGUCUCCUCCGCGUGGUGUGAGGUGGGCCCCACCGCUCGUUCUGUCUGCAUCGGCUGAUGGAGCACCCUCCCCAGGGCCGCGGGAGGGCACCUUUGUUGGGAGCCGCUCAGCCGGAUCCGCGCAGGUCUGCCUCCGGACGCUGGUGCCAGGCUGGUGCCGUCCUCCUUUCGCCAGGGCCAGAUCCGCGCGGGUCUGCCUCUGGACUCUGGUGCCAGGCUGGUGCCGUCCUGCCGUCGCCAGGGCCGGAUCCGCGCGGGUCUGCCUCCGGACUCUGGUGCCAGGCUGGUGCCGUCCUCCUUUCGCCAGGGCCGGAUCCGCGCGGGUCUGCCUCUGGACUCUGGUGCCAGGCUGGUGCCGUCCUGCCGUCGCCAGGGCCGGAUCCGCGCGGGUCUGCCUCCGGACGCUGGUGCCAGGCUGGUGCCGUCCUGCCGUCGCCAGGGCCGGAUCCGCGCGGGUCUGCCUCUGGACUCUGGUGCCAGGCUGGUGCCGUCCUGCCGUCGCCAGGGCGUACUAGGAGCUCGCCGGCGUCUAGCUUGGCUCUUUGUUUUCUUUCUUCUUCUCUCUUUUCUUCUUCUUCCCUUCCUCCUCCUCUCUCCCUCUCCCUUCCUUUCCCCUCCUGCUCCUCCUCCUUCUUUUUCGAUAUAUUUGAACGACAGAGCUACAGAAGGCAAGAGAGAGAGAGAGGUCUUCCAUCUGCUGGUUCAUUCCCCAAGAUGGCCUGCACAGCUGGGCCAGGCUGGGGCCAGGAGCCAGCGGCUUCCUCCAGGUCUCCCACGUGGUGCAGGGCCCAAGCACUUGGGCCGUCUUCUCUGCUUUCCCAGGAAUUUCGGACGUGGCUGCGGGAGGAAUGGGGCCGCACGCUGGAGGACAUCUUCCACGAACACAUGCAGGAACUUAUCCUGAUGAAGUUCAUCUACACCAGCCAGUACGACAACUGCCUGACCUACCGCCGCAUCUACCUCCCGCCCAGCCGCCCGGACGACCUCAUCCAGCCCGGCCUCUUCAAAGGCACCUACGGCAGCCACGGCCUGGAGGUCGUGAUGCUCAGCUUCCACGGCUGCGUGGCCAGGGGCACCAAGAUCACGGGUGACCCCAACAUCCCUGCCGGGCAGCAGACGGUCGAGGUUGACCUGCGGCACCGCAUCCAGCUGCCCGACGUGGAGAACCUGCGCAACUUCAACGAGCUCUCGCGCCUGGUCCUCGAGGCCCGCGAGCAGGUGCGGCAGGAGCAGCAGGAGGGCAGGCGCGAGGCCGAGGGGCCGGAACGCGGGCCGGACCCGGUGCCCGCGGAGGACGGGGGGAAGCCUGGGGACGCAGCGGCCACGGCGGCGGAGCAGCCCGGCCAGUCGGGGCAGGGGCAGCCCUUCGUGCUGCCCGUAGGCGUGAGCUCGAGGAGUGAGGACUACCCCCGCACGUGCAGGAUGUGUUUUUACGGGACAGGCCUCAUCGCCGGCCAUGGCUUCACCAGCCCCGAGCGCACCCCCGGAGCCUUCAUCCUGUUUGACGAGGACCGCUUUGGGUUCGUCUGGCUGGAGCUGAAGUCCUUCAGCCUGUACAGCCGGGUGCAGGCCACCUUCCGCAACGCCGACGCGCCGUCCCCGCAGGCCUUCGACGAGAUGCUCGAGAACAUCCAGUCCUUUGCCUCCUGACCGGCGUCGGCCCGGGACCCGGCCCGUGGGCAGCAGCAGCAGCACUCCCAAGUCUGGCCCUUUGGCCGGAACUCGUGGCUUGUCGGGGUCCCAGCCCGCCGCCCCCAACACUUUCUGUAUAGCGUGUAGCCUGUCCCCGUGCGUCCCCGGUAGCCAUGCAGGAAGCAGCUGAGCAUGACUUAGGAAAACCACAAGAACUCGGGGCCGCAGGGGCUUGCAGAGAACUGAACUGCAGAGGGCAGCGUGCGCGUGGCUGCCUGUGCCUUCCGGGGGGAACACGCCCCCCAGGGAGGGCUGUGCUUUUCCCGGGAGCAGAUAGAGCAGUUGCAGCCGGCGGUACCUGUCCCCCGACGCGGCCGUGCCCCAGUGCCCGCGGCCCGCGUGGUCAGGGAGAGGAGACAGACUCGGUCUGGGCAGCAGUGCGCCCCUGGACGUGGCCAGGAAGUGGGGCAGGGCCGGGCCGGCUUCCCGUUUCCCUCCUGGCUUGCUUGGAUUCUGGACGAAAGUUCUCCGCUGCUGUUCUUGGUUCCUCUGGGAAGUGGCGGGGAGUUCGCCACUCGGGUCACUGCAGACACAGCCCAUGUGCCUGCCUGCUCUGGGCUCACUUGGAGUCGUCCCCAGCGGCCAGCUCUGGGCGGGACCUUGCUGUCCAGGCCCUCUCCUCCCCUUCCCGCACACGCGUGGCUGCCCGCCCCUUGUGCAAUGCAGGUCCACAGAGACUGCCCACGAGCUGCGCUUCAAGGUACUGAGCGUCCAGAGUGGGUGGGCUUGGAGCCCCUUGCAGGUGCGGGGACACGUGGGGGUGCUUUACAGCCCAGGCCCCGCUGGGGAACCCGAGCACCGACGCUUCGCUCGUGCUGCGCCAUGCUGUGUCACCUGCAUUUGGUGACGUCCGUCGGUGUCAGAUACGGAGGCCCGUCCCGCUCCAUCCUGGGGGCCUCUGCGGAGCCCGCGUGCCCGUCCUGUGGCCUGUUCGGUCCCCAGGGGCCUCUGCAGAGCCUGUGUGCCUGUCCUGCUCCAUCCCGGGGGCCUCUGUGGAGCCCGCGUGCCCGUCCUGCUCCAUCCCCGGGGGCCUCUGCGGAGCCCGCGUGCCCGUCCUGCUCCGUCCCCGGGGGCCUUUGUGGAGCCCGCGUGCCCAUCCUGCUCCGUCCCCGGGGGCCUCUGCAGAGCCUGUGUGCCCGUCCCGCUCUGUCCCCGGGGGCCUCUGUGGAGCCCGCGUGCCCAUCCUGCUCUGUCCCCGGGGGCCUCUGUGGAGCCCGCGUGCCCAUCCUGCUCUGUCCCCGGGGGCCUCUGUGGAGCCCGCGUGCCCAUCCUGCUCCGUCCCCGGGGGCCUCUGUGGAGCCCGCGUGCCCAUCCCGCUCCGUCCCCGGGGCCCUCUGCGGAACCCACGUGCCCUUUCUGCUCUGUCCCCGGGGCCCUCUGCGGAACCCACGUGCCCUUUCUGCUCCGUCCCCGGGGCCCUCUGUGGAGCCCGCGUGCCCAUCCCGCUCCGUCCCCGGGGGCCUCUGUGGAGCCCGCGUGCCCAUCCUGCUCCGUCCCCGGGGGCCUCUGUGGAGCCCGCGUGCCCAUCCCGCUCCGUCCCCUGGGCCCUCUGUGGAGCCCGCGUGCCUGUCCUGCUCCGUCCCCGGGGGCCUCUGUGGAGCCCGCGUGCCCAUCCCGCUCCGUCCCCGGGGGCCUCUGCGGAGCCCACAUGCCCGUCCUGCUCUGUCCCCGGGGGCCUUUGUGGAGCCCGCGUGCCCAUCCUGCUCCGUCCCCGGGGGCCUCUGCAGAGCCUGUGUGCCCAUCCUGCUCUGUCCCCGGGGGCCUCUGUGGAGCCCGCGUGCCCAUCCUGCUCUGUCCCCGGGGGCCUCUGCGGAGCCCACGUGCCCAUCCCGCUCCGUCCCCGGGGCCCUCUGCAGAGCCCGCGUGCGCGUCCUGCGGCCUGUGCUCACAUCUUGCCUGUGUUGCUCAGGCUCACGGGCUGGGCGGCUCUGAGUGCUGUCAGGUGCCGGGCUGCGUCCUGCUGGCCGGGGACCCCAGGUGGUGGCGUCCGAGGGGGCGCUGACCUGAGAGAUCCGGGGACGUUUUUCCUGACUGGCCUUGAAGACCAGACACAGGCUUCAGGACGCCUGGCGUCCGAGGGUGAUCCCUGAGCGGUGCAGGCCCUCCCAGCAUCUGCUGGGGCUCAGGCAGAGGGGCCACAGCUGGCACCCCGGCCCCCCACAGCUGUGCUGGAGGCCCUGGCUCCCCUCCCAGGUCUUGGCAGCACGCGCCGCGGCAUUCAGGUUUGGGUCCUGGUUUCUGGCACCUUCAGGGUGGAGCCCAAAGCUCUGUUGUCCCCCCCCCCCCAGCUGUUGACCUUUCUUGUGCCAAAUGAGGCAGUCCCGAGCGGUGGGAGCCGGCCACGCCGCCUCAGGGACCCCCGGCCGUGGGCCGUGGGCCGUGGCUCUCCGAGGUUUGCCAUUGCUUGAAACAGCCAAGAAGGCAGUUUCUACAGAGGCCCGCUCUAAGGGACCCGCCCCGUCUCCAGGGGGCCUCGCCUCCGCUUUGUAGAGCACACUGGUCGAGGAGAAUACUUCUGAUUAAAACAAAAUCCCACA